CCGGCCUGCCUCCUGCUGCCUCGCCUGCCCCAGGGGUGCUGGCCCCCACGCCCCGGCUCCGCUCUCCCGCAGCUCUACACCAUCUACCUGAUCCACUCGGGCCAGUUCGACAAGACGCCCGCCAUCAUCGCCCGGCGCUACUCAGACUUCGAGCGCCUGAACCGGCGCCUGCGCGGGCAGUUCGGCAGCGACCUGGCAGGCGUUGCCUUCCCCCGCAAGCGGCUGCGGCGCAACUUCACGGCCGAGACCAUCGCCAAGCGCAGCCGCGCCUUCGAGCAGUUCCUGUCCCACCUGCACGCCAUGGCCGAGGUGCGGCGCUGCCCCGCCUUCCUGGAGUUCUUCUUCCUGCACGACCUGCAGACCGCGCAGCGCCUCACCUGCAGCGGCAUGUACCGCGAGGCCCUGGCCGCCUGGAGCAACGCCUACCGGCUGCAAGACAAGCUGGCCGUCUGCAGCUCGGGCCGCUUCCUGCUCACGCUGGCCGGCCUGGCCGUGUGCCAGCAGGAGCUGGACCAGCUCGGCGAGGCGCACCGCCACUGCGAGCAGGCCCUGCAGCUGCUGGAGACCCAGCACGGCCACCCGCUGCUGGGGCCCUUCCUCCAGGCCCACGUGCACCUGUCCUGGAGGGUGGGCAAGGACAAGCGCCGGUCGGAGGCCCGGCUGCAGGCCCUGCAGGAGGCAGGGGUGGUGCUGGACCAGCAGCCCUCCCUGAAGGAGUUCCUCAUCAAGGAGACACUGGACUGAGGCCGGGGGGCCGCAGCGGCAGGUGUGCUCGGGACGGGGAAGGCAGCGUGGCCGGAGGCCGCCUGGCUGGCCCCAGGCCUGGCCCUGCCGGAGAACGUGGCCAGCACGCCGCUCCGCUGCUGGGUUCCUGGAAGAAGCCCUUCGACGGCUGGCCCAAGGGCUCGUUCCCUGGGCUGGGGACUCGGCCCCCCUGUGCUCGGGGCUGCCGGAGCUCCCUGGCGGGCGCUGCUGGGAGCAAGGAGGUUCCAGACGGGAUGUUCUGGUGCCAGGCAGACAGGCCUGGACAGCUCUGGCCAGGCCUGGGGCUUUGAACCGUGGGACUUGAAGUCUUGGUAGGAAAAGGGACAGGGACUCUGCUGUGUCUGUGCAGACCGGCCCUCCCCUCCCCUCCCACACCCCUCCAUGGGGCAGAUCCCUGGCUAACAGCCCCAGGCCAGCUGCCCUCCUAUUGGCUGAUUGCCAGUCCUGCGCUUUUGCCCCUGCUUAGGUAGGAGUCCUCCUCCACGCCGGGGGCCUGCCAGGCUCUGCAAACCACACACGGACCCCUUGAGCCCAGCUCCACGUAGCCGGCGGGUACCUAUGCAGCCAGGGGCAGCGCUGGAUGCGGGGUGGGAACAGGAGAACUGAGAAAGGGAAGCAGCGUGCGCUCUGCACCAACAGCCCCCAGCCAGGCAGCUCUGCAAGAGGUGCUCAGCAGCGGCCAGGGCAGAGCAGCCCCCAGCCAGGAUCUCCCCGUGCCACCCCCCACCCCCUCCGUGGUCCCUGCAACUGUGCUGGGGACACUGCCCCGCUGGGCACAGCCGGGCACGAGGUACUGACUCCACGCAGAAGCUGCCGCAGCUGCUUUAUUAGAAGGGGGGGGAAGGGGAGCGAGGCAGAGACAGCCGCUGCCAGUCCAGUGUGUAACUAACCAUCAAUAAACGUGACGUAAGCGCA